AGAAGCAAGACGCCGGAGGGAGGGAGGGGGACGCAGGCAGAGAGCCGCCGGACAGACCCGACCUCCACAUCCAGCCAGAGCACGGGGUGUCCGCACCAUGUCCUUCAGCCCAAAGCACUCAACCCCCUUCUCAGUCACCGACAUUUUGAGCCCGAUGGAGGACAGCUACAGGAGGUUUGGAGGUGUGGAUCCCGCCGCGGGGAGUCUCGGGUCCCAGCUGGGCGCCUACCGGCAGCCGCAGGUCUCCCAGCCCGGUAUGCAGCACCAUCAGCACCACCACCACCACCAGGCGCAGCAGCAGCAUCAGCCGCCUCAUCUCCAUCACCAUCACCACCACCAUCACCAUCACCACCUGUCCUCCUCUUCAUCCUCAUCCUCCUCCUCUUCCUCAGCUUCGGCCACCGCAGCAGCAGCCGCCGCCGCUCUGGGACCCGGCGGGCCCUAUCAUGUGCCCCACGGGGUGCCGCAGUUCUCCGGGGCCGUCGGAGGGUUCUGCAAUGGCGGCAUCGGGAACGUGGGAGACCUGCCGUCCUACCAGGAGACGGUGAGGAGCGGAGGUGCGGCAGCGGCGUGGUACAGCAACCCGGAGCCCAGAUACCCGACAAUUUCCAGAUUUAUGGGCCCCUCCGCCGGGAUGAACAUGUCCGGGAUGGUGGGCAGUUUGGCCGGGAUGGACUCCACCGCCAAGUCCAUGGUAACGCUGCACGCGGCGCCGCGGAGGAAGCGGCGGGUGCUCUUCUCGCAGGCGCAGGUGUACGAGUUGGAGCGGCGCUUCAAACAACAGAAGUAUCUCUCCGCCCCGGAGAGGGAGCAUCUGGCUGGACUGAUCCACCUCACCCCGAACCAGGUCAAGAUCUGGUUCCAGAACCACCGGUACAAGCUGAAGCGACAGGCCAAGGACAAGGCAGCUCAGCCGCUGCAGGACGGAAGCGGCGGCGGAGGGAGCGGUGGAGGUCUGUGCGCAACGACGCAUCGCUCCACCUCAGUGUCCCCGGUUCUCUCCAAGAACGGUAAAAGCUGCCGGAACGACUCCAGCGGCUCCAACCAGACCGGAAACCGACAGAGCAGCUCGGGGGAGACGAUGACAGCGACCCCGCAGCAGCAGCAGGUGAACCAGCUGUCGUCCACGGAGGAGCUGGAGGAUUUGUCUCCAAGUCCGCCGAUGGGACUGCACGGUCAGAUCAAUAUGACGCAGACGGACGCGGCGCUAAUCGAGUACACAAACAGCAUGAUCGGCUCCAAUUUACUGUACGGGAGAACUUGGUAGGGUUACCGGGCAGAGGCAGACGGGAGCGGGCCUGUUGAGCAUCAUUCCCGUGUUGGAUUUUUGGAAGAACCCGCUGGAGGACACAAAAAGCACCAGACUGUUUUUU